AUGGCUUCCACUGAGGAUCCUGUCGCCCCUGUCGCUCCCGCCGAGCUUGAGGCCGACAUCGCGCCCCCCGCGACUCCCGUCGAGUCAACCAUGCUCUCCGGGAGCGAGGGACCCCUGACAAGCCCCGAGGCCUCCAGGGACAAGGAAAAUGUCAAGGCAUCGCCGGUCAAGAAGAGCCCAACAAGCACUACAACCACUAGACGUCCGCUCUCGGGGACGACUAGCGCUACGAAACGGCCCAGCUCGGUCUCGGGACCUCCCAAGUCUACAACUUCGACCUCGCGCACCGCCACGACCAAUGGUACCACCCUGAAUAAGCCACCCACCCGGCCGACCAGUACAACUACUGUGCGCAAGCCCCUCGGCACUUCCACUACCACAAGCCUGCACCGGUCUCGCGCAUCCGUCAGUUCCACAGACGAGAAGUCCCGGUCGGUGGCUAGUUCCGGAGACGAGAAGCGAGGCAUCUCUAGUGCAGCCAAGCGCAUGUCGCUGGCAGGGACCCCCGCCACUAGGGCCCCGGUCAAGCCCACCACUUCCACCUUGGAUCGACGCUCCAGCAUUGCGGGCUCUACCACGGCCGAGAAGAGAACUUCCACCUCUCGUCCCAGUACAGCGUCCACCGUGAAGCCUCUCGCGAGGCCGCCUACCGCUACGUCGACCUCUCGCCCGGCCACCUCCUCAUCCGCCGCAGCACGCCCAACUACCCGUCCCUCUUCCUUGGUCUCGAAACCCGCCACAUCCACUGUGACCAAGCGUCUGAGCACCGCUCCCAAGAGCGCCGGAGAGGAUGCGGAGAAAAUCCAAUCCCUGCAAAACCAGCUGUCAGAGAGUGAAGCCACGGUGUCUAAGCUGAAGGCAGAUCUAGACACGGUCAACAUCAAAUUGACCGAAUUAUCCUUGGCUCCGAAUGAGACUGCUACCCAGGAUAUUGACGAGGCCACCCGAGCGCUCCGAGAGCAACAUACGGCGGAGAUCGAGAAGUUGACAGCCACGCAUGAGGAGCAGCUACAGGCCCUGCGGGUCCAGCUCGAAGAAGCAGAGAUCAAGCACAAGGAGCUCGAGGAAAAGUCUCUGAAGGAUCUAGAGGAGGCGGCCCAGCAAGCUGCCGCCGCCGGAGACGAUGAGACCGCUGGUGCCUUGGAAGAGUUGAAGCAGACUCAUCAGGCUCAAUUGGAAGCGAUUGAGAAGGAGCUGGAAUUGCAAAAGGCUGCGGCUGCUGGAUACGUCGAGCAACUCGAUACCUUGAAGGCCGAGCUGGAGUUGCAGAAGAGCCAAUACGCGGAGGUCAUCCAAGCCUUGGAAGCCAAGGCCACCAAACUUGACGAUCUUCAGCGAGAAUUGAACGGUCGUGACCAAGUGGUGGAAACCUUGCACAUGGAGAUGGAUCGCCUGAACCAUGCCAAGCAACAAGAGGCUCGGGCGGCUGAGGAGGCUGCCAAGCAAACCAUUGCUGCCCUGGAGGACAAGGUUGCCUCGCUCGAAACCAAGCUGGCCGAAGCUGGAUCUGUCACUGACCAUAGUGGUGAGGAGACGGUUGCCCGUCUUGCUGAGAAGGAUCAAGAAAUCGCCGACCUGAAGGAAGCCCUCACGAAAGCUCAGGGUGAACUUGAACAAGCCCGUGAGUCUGUGGAUAUUGCACUAGCCGAGAAGAUCAAGGAGCUUGAAGCUGCCCACGAGAUCGCAACUGCCAAACUUCAGUCUGAGCAUCAGGAGAUUCUGGAGAAGACGCAGCACGAGGAAGCGCUCGCUUCUGCUGCUGCUGCCCAUGCACAAGAGCUUGCUGCUGCUAAGGAAGCGGUCGAGUCCGCAGGCACCACCCACGCUCAAGAACUUCAGGAGCUCCGGGACAAACUGCAGGCUUCUGAAGCCGCCUACGAAGCCUCCACUGCAGCGGCGCAGGAGGACCGCGAGGAAUUGCUCGCCGAACUCGAUGCUGCGCAUCAGGCUGAGUUGAAUGCCCUCCGGCAACGGUUGGAGGCCACGGAGCAGAAUCUCACCGAGGUCCGACAGGCUUUGGAUGAUGGUGCGAACUCGGCUCAGGACCUAGCCAUCCAGGAAAUUGAGUCUCUCAAGGAGAAGGUCGGUGCCCUCGAAUCACAGCUGUCCACCGGCCAGGGCGAGAUCAAGUCCCUCCAGGAUGCGAUUCAAACCAAGCAGGGACAGGCUGAGGCCCUUCAGCAAAGCCUGGACGCUUUCGAAGACAAGACCAAGGCUAAGGAUGCCCAGCAGCAGAGCCAAUUGAAGUCUUUGGAGGAAGCUGCUAUCGCUGCCGGCAAGGAGCUGCAAGAUAAGGCCAAAGAGGCCGCUGCUGUUGCCGAACAACACGCGCAGACCCUCGAAUCUAUCCGAGCUGAACAUGCUGUCGAACUUGAAAAGGCUCGGACGGACGUUUCUGGAAACCAGGAGCAGGCACUCAGUGAGCUCCAGGCUAAAUAUGAGGAAUCCGUGGCUCUUCUGCGUGACCUGGAAUUCAGACACGCCCAGCAGAUGGAAGCUCUCCAGGCCGAGCUCAACACGGCCCUUCAGCGCCAUGCCAACGAGAUCACCUCCCAGGCUGAGGUUCGCGCCCAGGAAAUCGCGGAGCUCCAGAAGCAGCACGAGGAAACCCACAAACAACUCCAGAGUGAGCUGCAGGCCAGCCAGGCCUCCAAGGCUGCUGAAUCGGAUGCAGAGCAUAGCAAGGCGAUUGAGCAGCUCCUGACGAUCCAGGAGGAGAAGCUUUCCAACCUCCGUGCUGACCUCGAGUCCACGAACCAGGCUAAGAUUGAAGAGCUACAGAAUGCGCACGACGCGACCCUGGCGGAAGUUCACGCUCAGCUCGUGGAGGCUCAAGCUGCUGCCCAAGAUGCCUCUCUUCUGGAGAGCCUGAAGCUGACCAUUACCGACCUUCAGAACCAACUGACGGAAGCCGAGCGGUCUGCUGCGGUGAGCGGUGAGCUCGCUGGCAAGCACAGCGCCGAUCUUUCCAAGGUCGAGGCCGAGAAACACGAGUUGGAAGAGAAGCACCAAGCUGUGUCGGCGCGGGUCGAAGAGCUCGAGCAGACCUUGGUUGCUUCCCAGAGCGCAAGGACGGAGUUGGAGGCGGUCCUGCAACAGCUCGCCGCAUCCAACUACGAACUGUCGCAACUCAAGAGCCAGCACGAGACUCUGACGGGCGAGCUCGAGCAGUUCCGCUCGCAGAACCGGAGCAUGGAAGAGCGCGUCCUUCAAGGUGAACGAGACCUGAACAGCCAGAUCGACAAGAACAUGUCGCUCCUCAACCAGCUGGGAGAGGUCGACUCGAUGAUCUCGGCCAGCCGCAAGCGCACGCGGGAACUGGAGGCGGAAGUGGCGGCGCUGAAGGCCGAGAGGGACAGUGCCAAGGGCUCGUCGGUUGGCCUGGACGGCAGCCGGUGGGCUGGAGAGACCCUUGCCAGAGAAGACGGUGGUUCCACCGCAGUCGAAGGUGAGGACCUUGGUUCAUCUAUUCAGGGAACGAUGGCCAGCAUCCAAGAGCAGCUUAAACACAUCCGUACCACUAAUGAUGAUUGGUAUGACGAGCACCGACGGUAA